GUAAAACUGCCCAUAUGACGUUAGGGUAUACCUAGGUAACUAAGGUCAAGGAUCUUAUCGAUAAGUUGAAGCUUCCAACGGCUUUGCUGUUUUUCCCUGGUCCUAGCUCCAAGCGCUCCAGCCUCCAGCUCUUCCCCAACCUAGCCUAGCCCAGCCCAGCCCCAUUUCGUGGCUGUAGGCCUGUGACACUCACUUCGUCAGUUGGCAGUUGCCAGUGCUCAUUGAUGCAUCAACUCAACAUUACCUAGUACAUAGCACAUACUGCAUCAUCUCGACGACCUACUUUUACAACCAGCCACCAUUGUUCUUCAUUGCACCGCUAGACCACUAGACACCAGCGAAAAGACCCUUGAAACCGUCUCAUAUCUUCGAACCGACUUAUACAGAAAGACAUCCCUUUCUAAGCUGCCAGCAUGUCGGCCCAAAACUCGGCAGGCAUCCAGACCCUGCUCGAUGCCGAGAGGGAAGCUUCCAAGAUUGUGCAAAAAGCUCGAGAAUUUCGAACCAAGAGAGUACGAGAGGCGCGAGAUGAGGCCAAGAAGGAGAUAGAAGCGUACCGUCAAUCCAAGGACGAAGAGUUCAAGAAGUUCGAGUCAGAGCACACACAAGGCAACAAGCAGGCCGAGGACGACGCCAACCGCGAAGCCGACGCCAAGAUCAAGGAGAUCCAGGCAGCCGGCGGGAAGGGAGAAGCCGAGGUCAUCGAGAACCUACUCCACGCCGUCUUCGAAGUCAAGCCCGUGCCACCAUCCAAGAAAUAAACUCGUUACCUACCUAGUGCGAUCUUUAGUUUGAGGAUAGAGAAUCAGCUAGCUUUGGAGAAGAAGGCCUGAGAACGGACGGACGAACGACAGCAAAACCAUCGCACACAAUGGUUGCGUCGGGAGACCACAAUCGGUGGUAGGGGCAGGGUGUGUGUGCAUAUUAUCAAUUACAUAACACGUAUUUGGUAGCUUUGAAGGGGCAAACUCACGAAUAAAGAAAGGAUUGGUGUGUGUCAUUGACUGUAACAAACAAGAAAGCUCGUCCGUAUUAUGUUUAUAGAAGACAAGUUUUGAUGAUGAGGAGCGCCGGUAACUUACUUGAAAAGUCGGCUUGGCAGCAUUAUCUAUCUCUACCUAU